AUGACAUCCUCCGGAGACAACAGCCGUUCUUUCGCCGCCCAGGAUGCGGAAAACCGCCCUGAGGAGGUCACUAAUCAGAGCACUCGAGAGAUUCAAGAGCAGGGCGAAUGCAGUGACAAACGGGUCGCCUGGCUUACUCACUGCGAACCUGAGGAAACCAGCCCCCGCCGUAGAGGCAUCAAGUGGGGUGGUCUCGCCGCCCGUUACGAGUGGAAGGACGAGUAUGGUGAUGUUGGUCCCCGCAACGAUGAACUGGAGCAAGAGCUCUUCAAGAACUCCAACGUUCCCCGACCUGGUAACCAUGCCAAUGAAUUGCAGCUUUCAGACGAUAAUGCCGCUUACUUCGUCUCUGUCGAAGGCGACAUUGAGCUUAAUCCAAUUACAAAGUUUGAUGGGGCUGGGCUCCAUCCAGUCAUGAUGGAAAACAUCGCCCAUUGUGGGUAUGAAUGGCCUACUGCCAUUCAGGCCUACUGUAUUCCAGCUCUUCAUGAGAAGUUGGAUGUCAUUGCCGUUGCUCAGACUGGCUCCGGCAAGACCGCCGCUUUUCUCAUUCCCAUUAUCUCCCAAUUGAUGGGCAAGGCCAAGCAAAUUGCUGCCCCUCGGCCCAAUGCGGGUGAUCCCAAAGGCAAAGGCACGGCCCGUGCCGAGCCCUUGGUAGUCAUCAUUUGUCCCACUCGCGAACUGGCCAACCAGACCUUUGAUGAGGCCCGACGGCUGUGUUACCGUUCAAUGCUCCGUCCAUGUGUCGCCUACGGCGGGGCCCCUAAGCAACUACAGCAAAACGAACUUCAAAAGGGUUGCGAUGUCCUCGUUGGUACCCCAGGCCGUAUUCUCGAUUUCCUGAAUCGGCCUGGUGUGCUCGCCUUUAACCGCGUUCGAUAUGCUGUCAUUGACGAAGCAGAUGAGCUUCUUCAGCCUGUUUGGGAGAAGUCGUUCCACGCGCUCAUCGCCGAGUUGGGUUCCGGUUUCGGCGAACCCCCCCGCUUCCUAAUGUUCUCCGCUACGUUCAACCAGAAAUGCCAACAACUUGCUCGCCAGUACUUGAGCCCUAAAUGCGUUCGUCUCGAGAUUACACGUCCCGGCACUGCCGUUCGCCACAUCCGCCAAGAGGUAAGUCCGGCCUACCCAGGAUACUACGAGCUCCAUGAGAAGAAACCGCUUAUUGACCCACGCGCGCCCCACACGCAGAUCAUGUGGGUCAACGACGGGUUGAAAUUGCAGGCACUCGUCGAACUGAUCUUCAGCUUGCCAAAGGCACGCACCUUGAUCUUCGCAAAUACCAAGCUUGACGUGGAUCAGAUUGACGAUUAUUUGUACAACCAUGGGCUUCCAUCGACAUCUAUCCAUGCGGAUCGUACGCAACGUGAACGUGAGGAUGCACUUCGGGCUUUUCGCUCUGCUCACUCUCCCAUCCUCGUCACCACGGGCCUGUCUGCCCGUGGACUCGAUGUUGUUAACGUGCUUCACGUUAUCAACUUCAGCCUUCCUCGUGCGCGUUGCGGUGGGAUUACAGAGUACAUCCACCGCAUUGGCCGGACUGCCCGCAUCGGCAAUCAGGGUGUUGCAACAUCCUUCUUCAACAAUGCGGACCGUGCCCUUGCCCCCGCACUCACCCGACUCCUCAACGGGUGCGAUCAAAAGGUUCCAGAUUUUCUGGAACAGUAUCUCGGCUCGUCAUGGCAUGACGAGAACAACAUCAAAAACCCGGCGGCCGACGAAGGCCAUUACACUCAAUCGGGUUGGAACAACGAGGCCGGCACGGCCAGCAACAAUUCCUGGGGCCCCGCAUCCGACGCGGGCGACAACAACGAUCCCUGGAAGCUCGCAGCCGACGCGAGCAAGAACGACAGCGGCUCAUCCCGCGACAAUGAGCAUGGCCACAGCGACAACGAGGCCAGCUGGAGCAGGGAUGACGAUGAGGUCGGCUACAGCGACAAAGAAGCCGGCUGGAGCAAGGACGACGUCGAU